UGAUAAAAGGAUCACAGGCCGAUGAGCACACAGUAAUGUCUCAGUCCUCACCACCGUUUUGUUAGGCUAUGCCCAUCAUUGUGCCCACUUUGUUAGAAAACUUGGCCGAAGUCGCACAGGGUCCACUGUCACUCCAGGCCUGCGACCUUAAUCACAGUGCGGUUCCGAGGCCGCGGGGGCAGGGGAUCUUGUUUGGGUCAGCUUGUUGCCAGUACGUAGGAUGAAUAAAGAGACAUGAUUGCGUCACCGCAGGAAUGUCUACGCUAGCCCGCCCCGGCGUCACCGGCAGGGCUCACCUGUCAGUCUCCACGGUUGGAGCGGAUCCGCUACUUCCGGUUCUGGCUCCACCCCUUCGAAGGCCGCCGUCUGUUUCGCUCUCAAGAAUUUUGUCCCCAACGCCUAGCCGUCCCUGCCCUCGCCGCUGCCAUGGCGGCAGCUCCGCCGCUCUCCAAGGCCGAGUACCUGAAGCGUUACUUAUCCGGGCCAGAUGCCGGCGUCGAUGGGGCCUCCAACUCCGGGCGCAAACGGCGCAAAAAGCGGCCGAAGCCCAGCGGGGCCGGCGGUAAGGGAAUGCGGAUUGUGGAUGAUGAUGUGAGCUGGACAGCUAUCUCUACCGCUAAACCAGAAAAGGAGGAAGAAGAUGAUGGAGAUUUGCCUGUGGUGGCUGAGUUUGUGGAUGAACGGCCAGAAGAGGUCAAACAGAUGGAGGCCUUUCGCUCCAGUGCCAAAUGGAAGCUCCUAGGAGGUCACGAUGAAGACCUACCUUCACAAGGGCAUUUCCGUCACGACACCCCGGAUCCUUCUCCUCCCAGACGGCUCCGUCAUGACACUCCGGAUUCUUCUCCUCCCAGGAGAAUCCAUGACGACACCUUGGAUCCAUCUUCUCCCAGGAGGGUCCGUCAUGACACCCCGGAUCCUUCCCCUCCCAGGAGGGUCCGUCACGACACCCCGGAUCCUUCCCCUCCCAGGAGGGUCCGUCAUGACACCCCGGAUCCUUCUCCUCCCAGGAGGGUCCGUCACGACACCCCGGAUCCUUCUCCCAGGAGGGUCCGUCACGACACCCCGGAUCCUUCUCCCCCCAGGAGGGUCCGUCACGACACCCCGGAUCCUUCCCCUCCCAGGAGGGUCCGUCACGACACCCCGGAUCCUUCUCCCCCCAGGAGGGUCCGUCACGACACCCCGGAUCCUUCUCCCCCUAGGAGGGUCCGUCACGACACCCCGGAUCCUUCUCCUCCCAGGAGGGUCCGUCACGACACCCCGGAUCCUUCUCCUCCCGGGAAGCCUCAUCACAGUUCUUCAGCUGUGUUUCCUAGGAGAACCCGUCAUGAUUCACCAGAUCCGUCUCCUGCUAGGAGGACGUCUCAUAAUUCCUCAGAUAUUUCUUCCUCCAGAAGGGCCCACGACAGCUCCCCUGACGCUUCCCAACCUAGGAAAAUUCCCGGGACCUCUGACACAGGGCAGCUCAGGGGGGCCCGACACAGUUCCCCCAAUUCGGCACCUGAUGUCACUCACUCAGUGUCCAAAACCAAAAGUAAGAAAGCCCCAGAAAGAGCAUCUAGCAAGACUUCUCCACCUUGGAAUGAGCCACAGACCUCUCAUUCAUUACUCCCGAAGAAGAGCAAGUAUGAGUGUGACUCGGAUCUCUCUCCGCCACGAAAAAGACAGGCAAAAUCCCAUUUUGGAGAUAAGAAGCAGCUUGAGUCUAAAGGUGACCGCCGGAAAGCCUCUGAUUCCGAUCUUUCUCCUCCACGGCGUAAAAAUCCGAGGCCUCAGGAUUCUGAUUCAGAUCUGUCUCCUCCACGGAAUAGACCUCAGCACCGAAGCUCUGAUUCUGACCUCUCUCCACCAAGGAGGAAACGGGGGACCAGGUCUCCUGAUUCGGAUCUGUCUCCACCCAGGAGAAGUCAGCCUCCCGGAAAGCGGGCUGCACACAUGUAUUCUGGAGCUAAAACUGGGUUGGUGUUAACUAAUGUAGAGCAAGAACAGCAGGAGCUCAAGAAGCAGGACCAAGAAACCCUGGCAUUUGAAGCUCAAUUCCAGUUUGCUGAAACCGUAUUUCGAGAUAAAUUUGGUCGUAAGAGGAAUUUGAAACUGGAGCGUUUGGAGGAGAGGAGAAAAGCGGAGAAGGACAUGGAGAGAAAUGAGCAGUACGCGCGAUGGGGAAAAGGGCUUGCCCAGGACCGGCAACAGCAACAGAAUGUGGAGGAUGCAAUCAAGGAGAUGCAGAAGCCUCUGGCCCGCUAUAUUGACGAUGAAGAUCUGGAUCGGAUGCUGAGAGAACAAGAAAGAGAAGGAGACCCCAUGGCCAACUUCAUCAAGAAGAGUAAGGCCAAGGAGAGCAAGAAUAAGAAAGUGCGACCUCGCUACAAUGGCCCAGCACCUCCUCCCAACAGAUUCAAUAUCUGGCCUGGAUAUCGCUGGGAUGGAGUGGACAGAUCCAAUGGAUUUGAACAGAAGCGCUUCGCCAGGCUUGCCAGCAAGAAGGCAGUGGAAGAGCUCGCCUACAAGUGGAGCGUUGAGGAUAUGUGACUUUGUGGCGCUGUGCUGGUGGAUGUGGGCUGUGGGAGCGGGCACGGGGCAGCCCGACCUCCAGCAGGAACAGUCGCCCAUACCAGUGGUCAAGGCCCACGCAGACCAGCAGCUGGCUAAAAGCCAGUCUUCAUCACGCAAUGUUUUGAGACCAGAUCUUUGGACGGAGGUACCUGACCUUUGCAGGUGUUCCAACACUGGCUGUGGUUGACUCUCACAGGAAACACUGACUUCUGUGUCCCACCCUUGGUUCUUGGUUGGGUCUUUCUUUUUUUUUCUUCUUUUUAAAAAUAAAUAUACAUUUAUUUUCGUAAGAAUAAUUUUCUUAACUGGGUACUCUGUUUUAGAAAAGAAUACAAGCCAAUGUUGAACUCCAGAGGUCUUAGGGUGGUGUUUGAAUUUUUCGUUAAUCUGGAAAGCAAUGUGAAUAAAAACUUUCACAACACUUUUUCUUUGCAGAGAACAGGAAUUAGCACUAAACUAGACCUGGGACUAGACACGCGAGUAUUUAAAGACACAGCAUUUGGUAAAGAUAGUGACACAGAUUGGUGGGGAAGAGAUGAAUCAUGGUGCUCAGAAAUUUACAUAUUAUUUGAACAAAAAUAAAGUUGGAUCCAUAGCUCAUCCCCUAUAAAAUGAAAGCCCAGAGCAAUUGACCUGAAUGAAGGGUAGCAUGGUAAAGCUAGUAAGAACAAAUGGGGUCUUCAGGCCUUUGGAGUGGAGAUUGAUUUCUUAAAUAUAAUCCCAAAGCACAACCCCUAAGGUCUGAUAGCUUUGACGACUAUAACAAGAUUUCUAGUCUGCAAAGCCUCUCAAAAAUAGAUGUUAAUUAGGAGAAAGUCUUUGCGGUGUCUAAUGCCAAGAGUUUGCAAAAAUAAGGGUUUGAUUAGAGAAAGAACUCCUGCAAAUCAGGAAGAAAAUGACAACACAAAAUAAGAAUAUGCAGAGUAUGAAAAGCAAAGUCAAACAAGAAAACUGGAGUCGCUAAUAAGUGUACCCCCUCACCAGUAACUAGAAGAAUGCAAAUUAGAACACUGAGUGUCUACUCUACAUCUGUUAGUUUGGCAAAAAUGAGCAAGUAACUGAAAUCUGAGGGGAAUGGAAACGUGGGGAAUUUUGCCUGGUGCAUCCGUUCUGCAGAACAAAUGUACAACACUUCCUGCAACCAAGUAAGGCCUGCCAUGCAGUGGUGCAGUUGGCUGAGGGUGGCUCUGGAGCUGAGGUCCCUGAAUCUGAAUCCCAGCUGUGUCCUUCGCUAGCUCUGUGAGAUUUGGUACGCUCUUAACUUCCGUGUACCUUAUUUUCUCCAUCAGUGAAGUCAAGAUAAUAGUACCUACCUCAUAGAUUUAUUGUAAGCUUCGAAUAGUGUCUAGCAUAAAGUAAGUAUAAAGAUGAUCAGCUGUUAUUGCUGUCGUCAUCAUCAGCUUCCAGAGUGGUCCCCGGCGAUCCCGGCCUUCUGGUAUACAAGCUCUUGUGUAGCUUCCUCCCAUAGUGAGGGAGGAACACUGAUGUGGGCAACCAAUAAGGAUGUACGGGAAAUGAGUGACGUCUGAGCCUAGGUCAUAAAAGACACUGAAGCAUAUAGCUUGUACUCUCUUGGGUCACUGGCUUGGGAAGAGGCCCCCCUCUGUAUCAGGAAGAUACUCAGGCAGUGCUCUGAAGAGACCCCUGGGGAGGAGAACUGAGGCCUCGCACCAACAGGCAGCACCAGUUGCCACGUUGGGAAUGGGUCCUCCAGCUCUGUUCAAGCCUUCAGGCGCUUGCCACCAUGAUUGACGACUUGACGCCAAUCUCAUGAGAAAUCCUGAGCCAGAACCAUCCAGCUCCAAAUUCUUUUUCUUCAAAUUUUUAUUUAUUUGAGGAUCUGAAGGGUAGUUUGGCACAGCUGGUUGGAAUGUAGCUUGGCACACCAAUAUCUCAUAUCAGAGCGCCUGGGAUUGAAUUCUGUCUCUGCUUCCUGGUUUUUUUUUUGUUUUUUUUUUUUUUUUAAAGAUUUUAUUUAUUUGAGGUAGAGUUACAGACAAUGAGAGGGAGAGACAGAGAGAGAGGUCUUCCUUCUGUUGGUUCACUCCCCAAAUGACCGCAACGGCCGGAGCUGCGCUGAUCUGAAGACAGGAACCAGGAGCUUCUUCCCUGUCUCCCAUGCGGGUGCAGGGGCCCAAGCACUUGGGCCAUCUUCUACUGCUUUCCCAGGCCAUAGCAGAGAGCUGGAUCAGAAGAGGAGCAGCCGGGACAAGAACCGGUGCCCAUAUGGGAUGGAGGAUUAACCUGCGCCAUGGCGCCGGCCCCUCUGCUUCCUGCUAAUAUGCUUGGAAGGCAGCAGAUGAUGGUCCAAGUACCUGGGUUCCUGCCACCCACGUGGGAGGCCCAGAUGGAGUUUCUGGCUCCUGGCUUCAGCCUGGCCCAGCCUUGACUGUUGCAGACGUUCGAGGAGUGAACAAGCAGAUGGAAGAUCUGUCUGUUAAUCUGCCUUUAAAAUAAAUACCAAUCAAUCAAAA